AUGACUGAGCGAUCGGCAAGCUCCUUAUCAAAAGUGUCGACCACUACAAGUAAAAGUACCAAUUCAAAAGUAUCAACCUCGAAUAAUAACAAUGCAACGGCCACUAAUUCAAGACCCAAUUCACGAAUUGAUGGUGAUGGGGAGGUACUUUCUUCCGAAGAGAAACAAGCGGGACAAGUGAUUUCAACGGAAACGAAUCAAGAUGAAUCAUCACCAACCAUUCCGAAUGAAAGAUCGGGAGACACAUUUUCUGCUUGGAAAGCUUUCCUCUCAAAACUAAGGUCGAGUGUGCUCGUUGAUUAUGCGGAAGAAAAAAAUAGGGUGGCCUUCAGAAAUCAAUUCUUUCAGCAUGUAAAGGAGGUGUAUAAAAAAUUAAAUUUACAAGAAGAAGAUAUUAUUCCAAGAUUGGAGAAAAUAGACAAUGAAGGAAAUUGGAGCUCGAACGCAGCGCAUGCAAUUAAAGCAGACCUGUUCGGAUCGAUUGAGUACAAUAUCAAAAAACAACUUGAAGCAAACAAAGCACUUCGGGAACCAAAGCCAAUUGAUGAACUGCUGUUCAAUGUAGCAACAACCGUGUCAAGAGAUUUUACAUUGAGCUCAAUAUGUUCGAAAUAUUUUCACGAUAUCAAUUUGUCUUCCUGUAAAAUUACUGAGAUAGAUUCAGAAUUUGUGAAUUAUUGCAAGUUUUUAGAAGUGUUAAGCCUCUCAUUUAACAAACUUACCUCUAUCAGGUGCCUUCCACAAAAUUUAUAUGGACUUACUGCAUAUUCUAACUCAAUUUCAAAAAUCGUUCCCUUAAAGACAUUUGCAAAUAUUGUUCAUUUAGGAUUAGGCUACAACAGAUUGAAUAAUUUAGCCUUUGUUGAGAAUUGCCCAUAUCUUGCCUCGUUAGAUGUCAGUUUUAACGAUUUAACAAGUUUGGAACAAUCCCUUCAAUCCUUGACCAAAGUUCCUUCUUUGAAAACGCUAAAUUUACAAGGAAAUUGCUUUUGCCUGCUGGAGCAUUAUAGAGGGGCUGUGUUUUCUUCUUUACCAAAGAUUGAAACAUUGGAUAACGAAUCAUUUUCAGAGGAAAGCAGGAAAAGAUAUAUGGAUCUAUUUCAUGGGUUCUCUGGCGACAAAAAGACGAAACUCGUGGUAACAUUAUCUUCACUAACGGGGGUUAAUUUUGACGAUGAAAUUAAAUUAAUUGAGGAUGAAAUUACCUCUACUAACGAUUCAAAGAAUGGAAAGAAAACACCCAUCAAAAGAAUACCAUCAGCCAGUAAAAAGAAAGCCCCAAAUGCCAAGAAACCAAGCGAAACUACAUUUUUCAAGAGUAUUUAUUACGUUGUAAGAUUUUCUUGGCCCAAAGAGGAUGACAAAGAUGAAAUCAGCUUUAUUGAGAGCAAUCCUGUCUAUUUACCUGACCCAGAUCCAAAGACCAACUCGAAGAUUGUUUCUAUUGAUUUUAAGGAUUCUUUUGAAUUUCUUAUUUCCGAAAAAUCUCUUGGAGUGAAGCAUCAUAUUGAAAAACCUCUAAGUUUUUACAUUUAUCGAAUUGUUGCCAAUAUUCAAGAUGACGAUGAUUCCAACAAGAUUGAGUUGUCAAGAGAUUUACUGGGAAUUUUGUUUGCAAAUUUUAAUGAAUUCUGGGAGAAGGGUUUUUCGCUUCCUGUACCGAUUCCUGAAGAUGACGACUCUGCCAAGUCCGGAGACGAGCUCAAGGCACUCAUGAAGAACUCGUUAGAAGAGCGUCACAAUCUUCAAAACGAUGUUAGUACAUCAUCUUGUUCAGGUUUGACGAUGGGAGUUUCCAUCACACAACCCAGCGAGAUUUGGGAUAACUAUGAAAAAGACUGGAAGGAUCCCAAGAAGAGAAAACAAGCUUUGAAAACUGCCAACGCCAACAACAAGAAACCACCUUCCAGAAAGUAA